AUGAAUAUCAGGGGAGGAGGUAGUCUUAUUAAGAGGAAGAGUAUUAGUAAUAUUAUUAUUCAAGGCAAAGCAGAUAUUUUCUUGAUUCAAGAAUUGAAGUUGAAAGAAGUCGGUAUAGAAGUGGCAGGGAGUCUGUGGCAGAAGGAAAGUAUUGGGUGGUCUUUUUCGGCAUCUGAAGGUAGAUCAGGAGGCUUAAUUACUCUUUGGAAGGAAUAUUUUAUGUCGGCGAUUCUUAGUUUUAGAGGAAUUGGGUAUCUAGGAACCAAACUGAAUUGGAAGGGAAGCACUAUUUACAUUGUAAACAUUUACUCUCCCUGUUCUAUACAAGGAAGGAAAGAUUUGUGGAAGGAAAUUAUAGGGUUAAGAGAUAAAUUUUCUAAUGGGGAAUGGCUAGUGGGCGGGGAUUUCAAUUCUACCAAGAAUAGAAGUGAGAGGAAAGGAUGUAUCGUGGCAAGGAACUCGGAGCGCAGGUUAUUUUCUUCUUUCAUAGAAGAUAGCUUGCUUAUUGAUCUUCCUUGUUUAGGCAAUUGCUUCAGCUGGUUCAGUGGCGAUGGGUUUUCGAUGAGCAGGCUGGACCGUUUUUUGGUGGAUGAGUCUUUGGUUGAUAGAUUGGGUUUGGAUUUUUUACCGUUUGUUGAAAAAGAGUGGAGGAAGAUGAAGAUCGAAGGUAGAGGGGACUAUGUUCUGAAAGAAAAGAUUCGCUUGUUGAAGGCAAGUCCGAGGAGGUGGAAUGAAGACGUGUUUGGUAGAUUUGAUCUUCUUAUUGAAGAUGGCGUAAAGCGGAUUAAUGUUCCGGAUGAUUUGCUUAAAAGCUGUAAGGAGGAUGAGGUUGAUGGAUUGGUUAAAGUUAGGAGUGAAGUUUCUAGGAAAAUGUGGUUGAAUAUGAGGGUGAAGGAGAACAUGCUUUUGCAAAAAUCCAGAGCUAGAUGGGAUAGAGAAGGCGACAUGAACAACAAGUACUUCCAUUCUGUUUUGAAAUCAAGACGAAGGAGGAAUUUUAUUGGCAGAAUAACAACUGAAAGAGGGAAGGUGGAGAAGGUGGAGAAGGUGAAGGAGGAAAUUAGGAGGCAUUUUGAAGCAAAGUUUGAGGAGGCUAACUCGAUGCAUCCUUGGCUAGAAGGUAUCCAGUUCAAGUCCAUUUCUUCAGCUGAUAAGUGUGCUUUGCUGAAGAGGGUCUUAGUUUCUAUAAUAUCGGAAUCGCAUAGUGCUUUUGUUCCUGGCAGGAAUCUUUUAGAUGGGAAUUGUGAUAUCAACAUACUUCAGUUUGAUGACAACACUCUUCUGGUUGGUAACGGUAAUUGGCAACAGGUGUGGGCGCUUAAGACUGUGUUGAGAGCUAAUUUUCUGAACUGUAACAUAGAAAAUAUGCCUUUUCAUUUUCUUGGAUUUCAUAUUGGUGCUAAUCAUAAUUCAGUUAAAUGGUGGGAGCCGUUGUUGCAGAAAUUAAGGGCGGGAUUGAGCAGAUGGAAAGGGAGGAUGUUGUCGUUAGGAGGCAGGAUUACGAUGGUAAGAACGGUUCUUUCUAGCCUCUCUAUAUUUCAGUUGUCUUUCUUUAAGGCGCCGUCUAGUGUUUAUAAAGAGAUAGAGAAGGUUCAGAACAAUUUUCUGUGGGGCAACAUCGACGGUAAGAGGAAAAUAAACUGGUUUAGGUGGGACUCGUUAUGUUUACCGAAAGAGAAUGGUGGAUUGGGGUUCAAGAGUUUAAAGGAGUUUAAUGCCGCGCUUCUGUUUAAAUGGUCUUGGCAGAUUUUACGGGGCUCUAAUGCGCUUUCUGUAGGAGUUAGGCAGAAGGCUCAAUCCAGUUCGGAGAAGGGAGACUUUGUAGACAGCAUGGGCACGUGGAGUUCUUCUGGAUGGGGGUGGGGUAAUUUUGGAAUCGAUCCCACCAUUCAGGUUAUGCAGCAAGAAUUGCUGUUGUUACGGAAUUUGCUGCAGAAUGUUAAACCUUCUCUGUGUGAAUCGGAUUCUAUUGUUUGGAUGCAGGAUAAACAGGACGGUUAUACAACUAGGAGCGGUUAUAAGGAGCUUUUUGGUCUUCGUCAAUUUCCGACAGUUUCGGCUUUGAUCAAGGAGAGCCUGCAGGAAGUUUGGAAGUCGAAAGUCCCUUUUAGAACUAAGGCCUUCGGGUGGAGAUGUAUAAUGGAUAGAUCACCUUCUAAAAUGGCGUUGGUAUAUCGAGGCGUAAAUGUGAAUAUUAGUUGUGUGUUGUGUACGGAGGAAGGAGGAGAUUUAUUCCAUCUGUUCUUUGGCUGCGGUUUCAUAAAUUUAGUUUGGCAGGAGGUUAGUAGUUGGUUAGGAAUGCAAUGA